AUGCGAUGCGGGGGACCGGCGGCAUCUCCAUAUACUAUUUGUCAAACUGGCCUCCCUCCAGGCCUUGUGCUGUCAGCGUUUCCCCCCCCCAGCGCCGGUCCCGCAGGUCCGGGGCCGGAGCACAACCGGAAGGCGCAAGGGCCUCACUCCGCCAUCAUGACUCUGACCGCGAAGCUCUCCACGCCCGUCACUGGCACCUACGACCAGCCCAUUGGCCUCUUCAUCAACAACGAGUGGGUCGAGGGUGUCGACAAGCAAAAGUUUGAAGUCAUCAACCCCUCCACCGAGGAGGUCAUCACCUCUGUUUGCGAGGCCACCGAGAAGGAUGUCGACCUCGCCGUCGCCGCCGCCCGCAAGGCCUUCAACACCACCUGGAAGGAGACCACUCCCCACGAGCGUGGCCGAUACAUGAACAAGCUCGCCGACAUUGUCGAGAAGAACACCGACCUCCUCGCCGCCGUCGAGUCCCUCGACAACGGCAAGUCCAUCACCAUGGCCAAGGGUGACGUCGGUGCUGUCGUUGGCUGCAUUCGCUACUACGCCGGUUGGGCCGACAAGAUUGAAGGCAAGACCACCGACGUCGCCCCCGACAUGUUCCAUUACAUUAGAAAGGAGCCCAUUGGUGUCUGCGGUCAGAUCAUUCCCUGGAACUUCCCUCUUCUCAUGCUUUCCUGGAAGAUUGGCCCUGCCCUGGCUACUGGCAAUACCAUUGUCAUGAAGACUGCUGAGCAGACUCCUCUCUCUGGCCUCGUCUUUGCCCAGUUCGUCAAGGAAGCCGGCUUUCCCCCCGGUGUCUUCAACCUGAUCUCCGGCUUCGGCAAGACGGCCGGUGCUGCCCUCUCCAACCACAUGGACGUUGACAAGAUCGCCUUUACUGGUUCCACCCUCGUCGGCCGCACCAUCCUCAAGGCCGCUGCUUCCUCCAACCUGAAGAAGGUCACCCUCGAACUCGGUGGCAAGUCCCCCAACAUUGUCUUCAACGACGCCGAUAUCGAGUCCGCCAUCUCCUGGGUCAACUUUGGAAUCUACUUCAACCACGGCCAAUGCUGCUGUGCCGGCUCCCGCAUCUUUGUGCAGGAGGGCAUCUACGACAAGUUCCUCGAGGCCUUCAAGAAGCGCGCCGCCGCCAACGCUGUCGGUGACCCCUUUGACGCCAAGACCUUCCAGGGCCCUCAGGUCAGCCAGCUCCAGUACGACCGCAUCAUGAGCUACAUCAAGUCCGGCAAGGAGGAGGGUGCCACGGUCGAGAUUGGCGGCGAGCGCCACGGCGACAAGGGCUACUUCAUCAAGCCCACCAUCUUCUCCAACGUCCGCUCCGACAUGAAGAUUAUGCAGGAGGAAAUCUUUGGCCCCGUCUGCUCCAUCUCCAAGUUCUCCACCGAGGAGGAGGCCAUCAAGCUCGGCAACGAGACCACCUACGGUCUCGCCGCCGCGGUCCACACCAAGGACCUCAACACCAGCAUCCGCGUCAGCAACGCGCUCAAGGCCGGUACCGUCUGGGUCAACUGUUACAACAUGAUCAACUUCCAGGUGCCUUUUGGUGGCUUCAAGGAGUCUGGCAUUGGUCGCGAACUCGGCGAGGCUGCUCUCGACAACUACCUCCAGACCAAGUCCGUGGCUGUCCGCCUCGGUGGCCCUCUGUUUGGUUAA